CAAAAUAUGCGCAGUAGAGAUUUGAUGUGAUGCGUUUAUAUCACUGUUUAUAUUAUAUAUCUUUCAAUUUAUUUCAAGUCUCAAGCCAAGGAUCAAGCACAUCAAAGACAUCUCAGCCUCUGAAUGGCUGCUCCUGUCGCCACCGCCACUGUCAGAGCAGUACGAGGCGGCAAAAGGCUGAUCCCUACGAGGGCAGCACUGGUUCUGACUAAGAAUGCAGUUGAUAAAAUCAAGACUGUCCUCAGUGCCAAGCCAGAUGCAAUUGGCCUCAAGGUUGGCGUUCGGCAGAGAGGGUGCAACGGGCUGAGCUACACACUCGACUAUGCCUUCGAGAAGGGAAAGCUAGAUGAAGAAGUUAAACAAGAUGGCGUUACCGUGUUAAUCGAUCGGAAGGCGCAGCUCUCUCUGCUCGGCACAGAGAUGGACUACUCGGAAACAAAGCUGGCCAGUGAAUUUGUGUUCAACAACCCAAACAUCAAGGGCACGUGCGGUUGCGGUGAGAGUUUCUCCUUAUGAUAGUGCAGAGUCUGUAGUGUGUGAUAUUCACGCGUAGAGCUGGCGUGUCGUCGCCUGGCAGCGCCGACGGUUCUGUGAUGUUAAUCGUAUUAGCAGCGUCUUUGCUGAAUCGCUCUUGGGUUGUUCACGAAUGUUGAUGUGUGUAAGAUGUCUCAGAAGGCCGAGCCGUUUGACUGUUACCGUCACAGAGUUGUCGAACUGGUGACGGUGGACACUAGCGGAUUGAAGCACGUUUUAAUGUAUUGUACAGAAUUAGCGGUGCGUAACAACAUGCGGCGCAGCGUUGGCCCCUGUUAAACAUAUAAACCAUUGAAUAAAUCUCAGCUAUUCGGGGC